AUGGCUCGAUCAGUCGUGGGACGUGCAGUGGUGGUCCGGGAAAAAUACUACUGGCCGGACAUACAACUGAAUAUUUGGACUAUCCUUAUGCUCGCAACUGCCGGUACGAUUCUGGGUAUAUUCGCCGAGUUUAUGCAGAUUCAUAGCGCAUUCAAGGUCGGGUCACCAUGGCUCUUCCCUUACGGCGUGACGGUCGGCGCUCUCACCAUUGUCUUCAUCAUCAUUGAGAUAAUUCUCAUUGCACAGCGCCGCUUACUCCCAGGCGUCAUGAUGCUAGGCGCGUUCAUCUUGCUGGUUCUGUAUCUUGCGGGCAUCAUCGAGACGGGCAUCCAACUGUUCGGUUCCAGUAGCAACGUUAAUGGCAACUGCCAACGCUGGGUCACCAACAACAAGGUGACGGGGCCGAGUGUCGAGACGUUGGCUUGGCUGCAGCAAAACAACAUAUGUUCAUGCUGGAAUGCUGCAUUCGCUUUCUGGAUAAUCGGCGCUUGUCUCUUCAUCUGGAUGAUAAUCAUGGGGAGUCAAGUGAACCAAAACCAAUUCGACUGA